AUUAGAUUUACAAGACACCGAAUGUUGGGAUGUCAGUUGGAAUCAACUUGACUGGAAAAGUCCAUUAAAGGCAUUAUCAUUGUCAACUUGUAAUGAAGUUCCAGUAUCAGUAUUAGAUGGUUUCUUUAGACUUUUCAAAUCGACCUUGACGACACUUGCAUUUCUGAUGUUCCUUGAUGACCCUGGCGCUUUGAUUUCAGAGUUCCUUCCAGAUGAUUCUUUUCGAUUCGAAUUACCUAGACUAAUCAAUUUAGAAAUCACAAGUACCUCAGCCAUUCGAUUCUCAAGAGCUUUUGAAAAUUCAAAGAGUCUUUCAUGGCUCUCGCUAGGUUUCCCGCCCCAUUAUCAAGGAUUAAAAGGUUUAAUCGAAGAUCAACUUUGGCCUGAUCUAAAAAAAUUGGAGAUUACAGAUUAUGCGUCUAGUUUCCGUGAAGAGGUUGAAGGUUUAGAAGUCUUGUGUCAGAGAUAUGCAAUCGAGAUCGUUUUCAAUGCGGAUUUGGGUGAUGAUGAGGAUAUAGGAUGAAGUUAUUGAUCACGUGAUAUUCGAGCUACCAGGUUAUUUGCCAGGCGUUCACGGUGAGGAUGGUAAUUUGUAUGGCGUCGUGGUCAGAUCGUGAACCAGAAUGAUAACUCAAUCAUCUAUAUCACUUUAGUUCAGGUUAUGUUCCAUGUUCAUUUUCAUUUUGGUCAAUUGGGUCAGUUGGGUCAACAUGUUAUAAAGAAACAAGUUAUUAUUC